AUGGGCCGUUCGCGUAGCAGAUCACUGUCUAGUGGUCACAAGUCGAAACCUAGACGGUACAGAAGCCGUUCGCGUGAUAGAAUCAAAGAGCGCGACAGGUAUCGUGACAAAGAACGCGAUAGGAUACGCAUAAGAGGGAACGAAAGGUCGUAUCGAGACCGUCAUCGUCAUGACAGAAGACGGAGAAAAAGAAGCUCAACAGUGUCAAGCUACGAUAGUGAAGCAGAGAGGCGAAAUCGAAAAUCAAAAAUGAAGGAAAUAGAUAGAAAAAUAGAAGAGGCUCGAAGGAAAGAAGAAGCUGAAAAACGUGCUCUGGAGCAACGAGAAAAAGAACGACGGUUGCAGGAGGAACGUGAACGGGAGGCGGAAGCAGCCAGGCAGUUAGAAGCUCGUGUUACAGAGGCUUUCGAAGCUGCUUUAGUAGAUAGGGCUGAAGACCUCCAGGCUGAAUUGGAAAGAAGAUAUCAAGCGGAAAUUGACCGGAGAGUUAAGAAUAAACUAGAUGAGAUCGAACGUGAAUACCAAAGCAAGCUGGAAGAGCAGAGACGUAUGGAGGAGGAGGAAAAACGUAAACAAGCAGAAUUGGACAAAAUACUUGAAGAGAAUAAUCGCAAACUCAUGGAAGCUAGGCGUAGAGAGGACUAUUACCUACAGCCGAUUAACGGAUCUGCAUUAUAA